AUAGAAGAUUUUUGAGGUUAUUCUUUCAACUGCAUUAAAUAUAUAAAUAAAAUAAGCAUUUUUAUACAUAUAUAAUAAAAAAUGGCUCAAAUCUCAGCAUCAGAACAGAAAGGCAUGCAAGAAAUUGAUCUCACAACGUUGAGUAUCCAACAGUUGUCUACAUUAAAACAGCAAUUAGACCAGGAAAUAAAUUUAUUUCAAGAAUCCCUCGCCUCAUUGAAAAUAGCUCAGGGUAAAUUUCAGACGUCUGGCGAGACACUGGAGAAAAUUGUUCCGGAGUCCGAAGGGCAGGACAUUUUAGUCCCCCUAACUGGUUCUAUGUACGUUCCUGGAAAACUUCACGAUACCAAAAAUGUUAUCAUAGAUAUUGGGACAAGAUACUAUGUGGAGAAGGAUAUCGAAGGAGCCAAGGAUUACUUUAGCAGGAAGGUUAAAUUUGUAACUGAGCAAAUGGAGAAGAUUCAAUGGUUGGGGGUUGAAAAAAGCAAAAUUCGAGACGCCAUCGUGGAAGUAGCGGAAAUGAAAGUUUCGCAACAACAGCAGCAACAACAACAAAGUUGAAAUGAUUCUAAUUAGCUUUCUUUAUCUUCUGUUAAUUAUUCUUUAUUUAAAAUUCGAAAGGCCCCAUUAAAGGAUUUGCACUAAUUUUGUCUCUUUUGAAUGAAAAAAGAAAUUCGAAAAAAUUGUAUUAAUAACAUUUAUAUCCAAUUGUACGUCUUAAUUAAAAUAAAUUUUGUAGGCAACUCAAGUCAUACAAUAAAUAAUUUAUUCUGUACAAUAUAGAAAGUGUUU